GUUUGUUUGUUGCUUCCUUCUUCCUGGUUUCCCGUGAUCAUGUGAAUACUUCAGCUAACUAGGUUCACUCAGUCGUCCCGGCCAUACACACUACCCCGGUUUGGGCACUCGACACCCCGCUACAGCCUGCGCUGGUUCACACUAGCUACGCUAUGUCGGAUGAAGAGCGUAGCCCGUUGCUUUCGGACCAGCACGACGGGACGAAUGGUGCUUCGUAUGGCUUUCCCCCGAGGCCACAGAGUUUCCCUCCAUUCCUCAGCCCCAGUGCCCCCCCUCCAGUCCUGUUUGGUGAAGCCCCCCCUCCCUACUCUCCCCUGGGCAGCCCAGACAUUGGCAGCUCCCCCAUCAUCAGUUGUAGGGUGUGUCAGAGUGCCAUCAACGUGGAGGGAAAGACACACCAACACGUAGUCAAGUGCAUCAUCUGCAAUGAGGCUACGCCUAUAAAGAAUGCUCCAGCAGGGAAGAAGUAUGUCCGCUGCCCCUGUAACUGUCUCCUCAUCUGUAAAGUCACCUCACAGAGGAUCGCCUGUCCCCGACUUUACUGUAAGCGUGUCAUGAACUUGGGUCUGGUGCGUGCUGCCGGGUCGGGUUCAGACAGUCCAGAACCUCAACAACUCGCUGGGGUCAGAGUGGUCUGUGGACACUGCAGAAACACAUUCCUGUGGACUGAUUUCUCAGACAGAACGUUAGCCAGAUGCCCCCACUGCAGAAAAGUCUCUUCUGUUGGCCGGCGGUACCCCAGGAGGCGGGGCUUGUGGUGUUUCCUGUUGUUUUUGGUUUUCUCUGGCGGCACGGCAGGACUAGUGGUGGGAACGUGUAAACCAGCCUUGCUCCACAGAGGGAUUUAUGCCGCUUGGGUCUUACUGAUUCUCCUGACUGUACUGAGCAUGUGCAGAAUGAUCUACUGGGGCUGUCUGAAGAUCAGCGAACCCGUACAGAACGUCACAUAGAGGAGCCCGUACAGAACAUCACAUAGAGGAGCCCGUACAGAACAUCACAUAGAGGAGCCCGUACAGAACAUUACAUAGAGGGGCCCGUACAGAACAUCACAUAGAGGAGCCCGUACAGAACAUUACAUAGAGGAGCCCGUACAGAACAUCACAUAGAGGGGCCCGUACAGAACAUCACAUAGAGGAGCCCGUACAGAACAUCACAUAGAGGGGCCCGUACAGAACAUUACAUAGAGGGGCCCGUACAGAACAUUACAUAGAGGGGCCCGUACAGAACAUUACAUAGAGGGGCCCGUACAGAACAUUACAUAGAGGGGCCCGUACAGAACAUUACAUAGAGGAGCCCGUACAGAACAUCACAUAGAGGGGCCCGUACAGAACAUCACAUAGAGGGGCCCGUACAGAACAUCACAUAGAGGGGCCCGUACAGAACAUCACAUAGAGGAGCCCGUACAGAACAUCCCAUAGAGGAGCCCGUACAGAACAUCACAUAGAGGGGCCCGUACAGAACAUUACAUAGAGGGGAGAGGGGCCCGUACAGAACAUCACAUAGAGGAGCCCGUACAGAACAUCACAUAGAGGGGCCCGUACAGAACAUCACAUAGAGGGGCCCGUACAGAACAUCACAUAGAGGGGAGAGGGGCCCGUACAGAACAUCACAUAGAGGAGCCCGUACAGAACAUCACAUAGAGGGGCCCGUACAGAACAUCACAUAGAGGAGCCCGUACAGAACAUCACAUAGAGGAGCCCGUACAGAACAUCACAUAGAGGAGCCCGUACAGAACAUCACAUAGAGGAGCCCGUACAGAACAUCACAUAGAGGAGCCCGUACAGAACAUCACAUAGAGGAGCCCGUACAGAACAUCACAUAGAGGGGCCCGUACAGAACAUCACAUAGAGGGGCCCGUACAGAACAUCACAUAGAGGGGCCCGUACAGAACAUCACAUAGAGGAGCCUGUACAGAACAUCACAUAGAGGGGAGAGGGGCCCAUACAGAACAUCACAUAGAGGGGAGAGGGGCCCAUACAGAACAUCACAUAGAGGGGAGAGGGGCCCGUACAGAACAUCACAUAGAGGGGAGAGGGGCCCGUACAGAACAUCACAUAGAGGAGCCCGUACAGAACAUCACAUAGAGGAGCCCGUACAGAACAUCACAUAGAGGAGCCCGUACAGAACAUCACAUAGAGGAGCCCGUACAGAACAUCACAUAGAGGGGCCCGUACAGAACAUCACAUAGAGGGGCCCGUACAGAACAUCACAUAGAGGGGAGAGGGGCCCGUACAGAACAUCACAUAGAGGAGCCCGUACAGAACAUCACAUAGAGGGGCCCGUACAGAACAUCACAUAGAGGAGCCCGUACAGAACAUCACAUAGAGGGGCCCGUACAGAACAUCACAUAGAGGGGCCCGUACAGAACAUUACAUAGAGGGGCCCGUACAGAACAUCACAUAGAGGAGCCCGUACAGAACAUUACAUAGAGGAGCCCGUACAGAACAUUACAUAGAGGGGCCCGUACAGAACAUCACAUAGAGGGGCCCGUACAGAACAUCACAUAGAGGGGCCCGUACAGAACAUCCCAUAGAGGAGCCCGUACAGAACAUCACAUAGAGGGGAGAGGGGCCCGUACAGAACAUCACAUAGAGGAGCCCGUACAGAACAUCCCAUAGAGGGGCCCGUACAGAACAUCCCAUAGAGGGGCCCGUACAGAACAUCCCAUAGAGGAGCCCGUACAGAACAUCCCAUAGAGGGGCCCGUACAGAACAUCCCAUAGAGGGGCCCGUACAGAACAUCCCAUAGAGGAGCCCGUACAGAACAUUACAUAGAGGGGCCCGUACAGAACAUCACAUAGAGCAGUGGAUCUCAAACUGAGGGGUCGACAAGGGGCGGCACGGGGUCCUGCUUUAAACUAAAGUCUUGAAAAUUAUAAUAGUAGAAUGCACAAGGUACAGUUUCUAAAUUGGGUAGUACAUCGUCAGGUCCUCUUGUCAUGUCAUCAUCGUAGACCUUAGAGAGAUAUGUGUAACGUGUCAGAAAUGUCCAGAUCAACUAGCCCAUGUCAGCUAACAUUUUCUUUAUGAAGGUUUUUUUUUAGGCCAUAGAUAUUGUUGUAAUUUUUUCAGUCACUCAAAUAUCACAUGAAUAGACAUUAGAAAAAUUGCAGAAUGUAUAGAAUUGCAGCAACAAAAAAAUGCUUUAAAACUGCAACAUUUUCUUUGCACCACAUGACAAAAUGUGUAGAAUUGCAGGAACUAUACUUUAAACCUGCAAAAUUCUCUCCACCAACCAGAGGGAUGUGAACAGUUUGUGUCAUGAACAGAGCUUGUACCCAUAGAAAUAUGUGGUGGGGGGGGGGGUUCCUCAAUGCUGGGAGAGGGACCCCGAGUUAAAACAGAGAACCCCUGACAUGGAGGGGAACAGAGAGAGCUACUGAGGGAGAUAUGGUAUAGGAAGGAGCGUGAGAACAAACAUUAACAGGACCAAGUCAAACUAGAUCAAACUAUCUCAGUCUGGAAUAACUAACCGGUCUUAGGGACUGUGUCCCAAAUAGUACACUAUUCACUAUGCAGUGCACUCAAUGUUUGACCAGGGCCCUAUUCCCUAUAUAGUGCACUACUUUAGACCAGAGCCCUAUGGAACCCUAUUCCCUAUAUAGUGCACUACUUUAGACCAGGACCCUAUGGAACCCUAUUCCCUAUAUAGUGCACUACUUUAGACCAGAGCCCUAUUCCCUAUAUAGUGCACUACUUUAGACCAGGGCCCUAUUCCCUAUAUAGUGCACUACUUUAGACCAGAGCCCUAUAGAACCCUAUUCCCUAUAUAGUGCACUACUUUAGACCAGAGCCCUAUGGAACCCUAUUCCCUAUAUAGUGCACUACGUCUGACCAGAGACCCAUAGGCUCUGUAGUGUGCUAUAUAAUUCUGUGGUCAAAUGCAGUGCACUAUAUAGGGAAUAGGGUUCUAUAGGGCCAUGGUCUAAAGUAGUGCACUAUAUAGGAAAUAUGGGGCUGAGCCUUUGACUGGCUGGACUAAUAGUCCCCUACUGGACUGGCUGGACUAAUAGUCCCCUACUGGACUGGCUGGACUAAUAGUCCCCUGCUGGACUGGCUGGACUAAUAGUCCCCUACUGGACUGGCUGGACUAAUAGUCCCCUACUGGACUGGCUGGACUAAUAGUCCCCUACUGGACUGGCUGGACUAAUAGUCGCCUACUGGACUGGCUGGACUAAUAGUCGCCUACUGGACUGGCUGGACUAAUAGUCGCCUACUGGACUGGCUGGACUAAUAGUCCCCUACUGGACUGGCUGGACUAAUAGUCCCCUACUGGACUGGCUGGACUAAUAGUCCCUUACUGGACUGUCUGGACUAAUAGUCCCCUACUGGACUGUCUGGACUAAUAGUCCCCUACUGGACUGGCUGGACUAAUAGUCCCCUACUGGACUGGCUGGACUAAUAGUCCCCUACUGGACUGGCUGGACUAAUAGUCCCCUACUGGACUGUAUAUAUAUAUUCACUUAGUCUCUGCAGUCAUUGUUAUGUGAUUUAUUUUUAAAUAGUUGGGUUUAUUUUCUAUUGGAGAGUUGUCUCCUGUUGUCUGUCACCCUCUCUGGUUAAUUGUUGUAAUAUCUAACUAUGGAGAGUCACAAAUGUUACCAUAUUCUCUACUACUAUUGACCUGGGCCAUAGUGCCCUACUUUUGACCAGGGCUCUAUGGGCCAUAGUGCCCUACUUUUGACCAGGGCUCUAUGGGCCAUAGUGCCCUACUUUUGACCAGGGCUCUAUGGGCCAUAGUGCCCUACUUUUGACCAGGGCUCUAUGGGCCAUAGUGCCCUACUUUUGACCAGGGCUCUAUGGGCCAUAGUGCCCUACUUUUGACCAGGGCUCUAUGGGCCAUAGUGCCCUACUUUUGACCAGGGCUCUAUGGGCCUUAGCGCCCUACUUUUGACCAGGGCUCUAUGGGCCAUAGUGCCCUACUAAUGAUUAGAUCUGGUCCAAGGCGUUACGCACAGACUUGCUGGUGCUUGAACCUGCUAGAUACAUGUAACAACCUGGACCAGAGCUACCUAACAAUUAUACAGCUGAAUAAUAAUAAAUUCUGUUGUCUUAUAUUCUGAGUAAUGUUGUGAAACUAAAAUACUUUUAACAAA